AUGGCUUCUUUGAAAAAAAGUCAAAUUUCGGAAAAAUCAAAAGAAUCAAAACAAUCUAAAAUACCUAUUAAGCGCACAAUAGAUUUUGAUGAUAAUAAUACCUUGCAUCAAAAAAUUGAAAAGCUUGGAAGUAACAAAAAACUUAAACAUGAAAAAGAUGAUCAAACGAAAUUAAUACAAAUCGCGACAAAUUUGAAAUCUUUUCGUAAAGAACUUCCUAUUUGGAAAGAACGUAAUCUGAUAAUUGAUAGCAUUCGAAACAAUGAUACAAUUGUGAUCAUUGGUGAAAUGGGAAGUGGGAAAAGCACGCAAAUUCCACAAUUUCUGAUGGAAAUUGGCAUGGCAUCAAAAGGUUGUUGUAUUGCCAUAACUCAACCUAGAAGAGUUGCCGCAAUGAGUUUAGCAAAGCGCGUUGCUCAAGAAGUCGGAACAACAAUUGGUCACAAAGUAGGAUAUUCUGUGAGAUUCGACGAUGCCACGUCUCGAUCCACACUUAUAAAGUAUUUGACUGAUGGAAUGCUAUUACGCGAAUUACUCAUGGAUCCUUUGCUGAAAAAUUAUUCUGUCGUGAUCCUUGAUGAAGCACAUGAACGAACGGUUCGUACUGAUAUACUUUUUGGAAUGGUGAAAAGAGCACAGGCGAUUAGGAGUAAAAUGAUCGAUGAUAGCCAAAAAGGAGUGUCAUUAUUGAAAAUUAUAAUCAUGAGUGCAACAUUAGACGCGAAGAAAUUUGCGAACUAUUUUAAUACAUCCACUAUAUUAUCCAUACCUGGUCGUCAAUUCCCUGUCACCGUGCAUAAUACCCUUGAGCCUCAAGAUGAUUAUUUAGAUGCUGCACUAAUAACAACAUUUCAAAUUCACACGGAACAACCUCCGGGUGAUAUAUUAAUUUUCUUGCCUGGACAAGAAGAUAUAGAAACACUCGAAAAGUUAAUAAAUGAUUAUGGUACUACACUACCACCUGAUAAAUUAAAGCAGCAGACCAAAGUAUUUGAUCCUGCACCUCCUGGCUCCCGGAAAGUUAUAUUAGCUACGAAUAUUGCAGAAACUUCAAUUACUAUCCGUGGAGCGGCUGGAUUUUGUUACCGUUUGUAUACCGAAGAAGAAUUUCAAAAGAUGGAAGAAGAUACAGUUCCAGAAAUCAAGCGAUGCAAUCUUGCAUCAGUUAUUUUAUUGCUAAAGGCAUUAGGAAUUGAUAAUGUGCUUGAUUUUGAGUAUCUUGAUUCUCCACCAAGAAAUUCAUUAACAAGAGCAUUAGAACAGCUAUACCUUCUGAAGGCACUUGAUAAUAAAGGCAUAAUAACAGAUCUUGGUAGAAGAAUGGCUGAAUUUCCUCUUGAGCCUGCUUUCGCAAGAGUUUUAUUGGCGUCAAAGGAACUGGCUUGUACACGAGAGGCAAUUUCCAUUAUUUCACUUCUUUCUGUUGACUCAAUUUUCUUCACGCCACAAGAUAAACGUGAUCAAGCUACCGAAACCAAGAAAAAGUUCGCAUCACCACUCGGUGAUUUGAUUACCUUGUUAAAUGUGUUGCAUGGGUAUCAAGAUCAAAAUGGGAAUGCACAAUGGUGUCGACAAAACUUUAUAAAUAAGCGUAAUAUGAAAAUUGUAUUGGAUGUACAAAAUCAACUCAUACCCUUAUGUAAUCGAAUUGGUAUCUCGAAUACAGUUUCUUGUGGAAUCGACUAUGAUCGAUUAAUAAGAUGUCUUUUAAACGGAUUCAUUCGUAAUACAGCAAUGUUACAGCCUAACAACACGUAUAAAACGAUUUGUGUAAGCAUACACCCAUCCUCAGUGAUGUGUAAUAAAAAAGUUGAAGCUGUCAUGUAUACUGAAUUGGUGUUAACGUCUAGACCUUAUAUGAAAUAUGUGACGUUAGUUCAAACUAAUUGGUUACAAGAAAUGAUGUCUUCAUCGUAUUCUUCUAAUUUAGAAACUUAA